UUUUUUUGUUUAUAAAAAAAAAAAAAUUAAAAUAGAAUUCCUUAAUUUUUAUUAUAAAAAACAAAAUUAAUAACAACAAUAACAACAACAGAAACAACAAGUGGAAUAGAUCUAGUAAGUCAAUAUUUUAUUGGAUGUUAUCCAUUAUUAUGUCGAUUAUUACGUGAUUCAUUAUCUCGUCAACAAAAAACAAAUAUAAUACGUAGUUAUCCAAUUCAUCGAAAUCUUCGUCCAAGUAAAGUUGUUUGGUCACGUGAAAAUCAUGUUAUAUCAUUAUUAGAUUUUGAAAAUGUUAAUCAUGAUACAUUAUGGCGUGAUCUUGCUGUUUGUUUAUCAACAUUUUGUACAUCAUCAUCUCCAUCAAUAAUAACUGAUGUUGAUAGAAUGAGAAUAUUUAUUGAAGAAUAUAUGAAACAAAUGUCAGGAGGAACAGCAAGAGUUUCAUCACAAACUGAACAAGAAGUUUUUCAAUUAAUUGUUGAUGAAAUUAUUUUAUGUGCUAUUGAAGAUUUUACUUUUAUUUAUUGGCAAUAUAUUCAUCAAAGAGACAAAUUUCAAGGACUUAAAGCUAUGGAAUUUUAUUAUAAAAGAGCUCUUUGGCAUGCGGAACAUGCACUUAAAAAAUAA